GACCGCCUCUGCGCAUACUCCAACACCCCAACCCCUGUCUCCUGGAACAGUGCGCCAGCUCGCAGCUGAAUACCCCGAUAGAAGAUUGCCCUGAUCAUUCGGAAAAAUCGAUAGCCCACCAUGGCCGAAGGAAUUGACCGCGCGCGCGAAGAGAAGAUGGAGUUUACCACCUCCAAGGAGGUUGAGGUCGCUCCGACCUUCGAACAAAUGCGACUGAAGGACAACCUCCUGCGCGGCAUCUACGCCUACGGAUUCGAGUCUCCCUCCGCCGUGCAGUCUCGUGCAAUCGUCCAGAUCUGCAAAGGCCGAGACACUAUCGCCCAGGCCCAGUCCGGAACGGGAAAGACAGCUACGUUUGCCAUCUCUAUCCUGCAGGUCAUUGAGAUGGGUCUUCGUGAGACCCAAGCCCUCGUCCUCUCUCCUACGCGCGAACUUGCAACCCAAAUCCAGUCCGUCAUCAUGGCCCUCGGCGACUACAUGAAUGUCCAAUGCCACGCUUGUAUCGGGGGAACCAACAUCGGCGAGGAUAUCCGCAAGCUCGAGUACGGCCAACACGUGGUUUCUGGCACCCCCGGUCGCGUCGCUGACAUGAUUCGCCGCCGGACCCUCCGCACGCGCAACAUUAAGAUGCUAGUCUUAGAUGAGGCUGAUGAGUUGCUCAAUCGCGGCUUCCGCGAACAGAUCUACGACGUGUACCGCUACCUGCCCCCGGCCACCCAGGUUGUUGUCGUCUCGGCCACACUUCCAUACGAUGUCCUCGAGAUGACUACCAAGUUCAUGACCGAGCCGGUCCGCAUUCUCGUCAAGCGUGACGAGUUGACCCUCGAAGGCCUGAAACAGUACUUCAUCGCCAUCGAGAAAGAAGAAUGGAAGUUUGAUACCUUGUGCGACCUGUAUGACACUCUCACCAUCACUCAGGCCGUCAUUUUCUGCAACACCCGAAGGAAGGUCGAUUGGUUGACCGACAAGAUGCGCGAGGCCAACUUCACUGUUUCGUCCAUGCACGGCGAUAUGCCGCAAAAGGAGCGCGAUAGCAUUAUGCAAGACUUCCGCCAGGGUAACUCUCGCGUUCUAAUUUCCACUGAUGUCUGGGCUCGUGGAAUCGACGUCCAGAAUGUGUCGCUUGUUAUCAACUACGAUCUUCCACCGAAUCGUGAGAACUAUAUCCAUAGGAUUGGUCGAAGUGGUCGAUUUGGGCGCAAAGGUGUCGCGAUCAAUUUCGUCACUGCUGACGAUGUUCGCAUUUUACGUGAUAUCGAACUGUACUACUCUACUCAGAUUGAUGAGAUGCCGAUGAACGUCGCCGACCUCCUUCAAUAAGUGGUCGAGCUUAGAAAGCGUGAUAUUAUAUCGACGGAGCUAGGGCUAACGGUACCGUUCAGGAGCAUCGACUCUAGGAUGUAGGUCUAAGCAGAAGGCCUAGAUCUAUUGAGUGCGGAGGAAAGGUCUUUGAAGUGUCUCAACGCUCCACAAAUUGAUCAGGUGAAAAGCAACGUGUGUUGGCUCUUGGAAUAGGCUCCCGAUUGGUCUAGAUUUUUUUAAAAUAUCUAAUGAAAUACCC